AGGUUUGGGUAGAUGGUAAGGGGGAAGUCAGGGAGGUAUAGAGACUCUUCUGUCGGAGAAACUUAGGAGUCAGGGCGUCAGAUGAGCUUUACUAUAAAUAGGUGAAGGAGUGAACUUUGGGAUGAAGUGGACCAAAGAAUAGCUCCUUAGCACCUCUGGCAACACAGGUGCCAUGGCCUUGAUUGAAGGCGUAGGGGAUGAGGUGACUGUCCUUUUUUCGGUGCUUGCCUGCCUUCUGGUGCUGGCCCUCGCCUGGGUCUCAACACAUACGACUGAGAGUACAGAUCCCCUACCACAGUCGUCAGGGACCACAACACCAGCACAGCCCAGUGAAGCCAUGACAGCCAUUGAUAGCAUCAGAGAGGAGGCCCCAGGAGCUGAGAGUCCCAGCCUGAGGCACAGAGGUCCAUCUGCACAGCCAGAGCCUGAGGCAGGGGUCACAGCAUCAACACCUCCAGACUCUCCACAGGAACCCUUACUGCUACGGUUGAAAUUUCUCAAUGACUCUGAACAGGUGGCCAGGGCCUGGCCUCAGGACACCAUUGGCUCCUUGAAAAGAACCCAGUUUCCAGGCCGGGAACAGCAGGUUCGACUCAUCUACCAAGGCCAACUGCUAGGAGACGACACCCAGACACUGGGCAGUCUCCACCUUCCCCCCAACUGCGUUCUCCACUGCCACGUGUCCACAAGAGUCGGUCCCCCGCAUCCUCCCUGCCCACCGGGGUCAGAGCCCGGCCCCUCCGGGCUGGAAAUCGGCAGCCUUCUGUUGCCCCUGCUGCUUCUGCUGCUGCUCCUGCUCUGGUACUGCCAGAUCCAGUACCGGCCCUUCUUUCCCCUGACCGCUACCUUGGGCCUGGCCGGCUUCACCCUGCUCCUCAGUCUCCUGGCCUUUGCCAUGUAUCGCCCGUAGUGCCUCCACGGGCUUUUGGCAGUGUCGACGGCCCCUCUGGACCUCAUUCCCCAAGGCGCAAAGGGAGCUGCUGUCUGCCCAGGCCCACCUCACCCGCUGCCUGUCUUUUCCCACUACCCUGGAGCCCAGCCUUGCGCAACAGAGGACUCCAGGUGUUAGCGGAGGCCACCCCAUGUGAUCUUCAUAGCUCUGGGCCAUCUCCUGGGGCUGCUGGCCCUCAGCCUUCUCUGACAGUGGGCUCUUCUGAAUCAGGCACCUGCUGCCGCUGCCUUGGCCUGGCACAGAGCCAGACCACCCCAAUGGGCCCAUCUUAGUGUGCUGACAGAGGAUCAAGAUACAUCUAGUUUCAAAGAGAUGCCUAGGCUGAAUUGGAAACUGGUGAAGACUGGCGAAGGGGAAUUGAGGGGGGGGAGAGUUGUUUUUCUGGAAUUUGUGGAGAUUAAAGAAACUGUGAUGUUUUCACA